AUGGCUGUCGUCGUUUUCGUCAGUACUGUCAUGAUUGUGUCUGUCCUUCCUGCCUCUGUCCCUGUCCUCUCUCACAACCUAGGACAUGCUACAGAAGAGGACUUUCUCCGUUUGCACAAGCAUCUUCUCCAGGAUUAUAGGCAAGUAGCAGAUCGCCAUGUUCGUCCGUUAGCCAACCAAUCAGCGUCUCUGGAAGUCAGCCUCGAUUUCAGUUUGACGUCCAUCUUUGAUGUUGAUGACGUCAAGCAGCAGAUCUCUGUGAUGGCGACCGUCACGGUUCAGUGGAUAGAUAAAAACCUGGUCUGGAAUGCGUCUGAUUACGGAGGGAUCAACCGGAUGUUCUUGAAUCAACAACAAAUAUGGUCGCCGGAAGUGUACGCGGAGUCGGGAGACAACAGUGUCAUUUUGUUUACACUCCCGACCCAGCAUGCAGUUCGCUCAGAUGGUAGAGUGACCUUUACCUCUGUAGGUAACGUCCAGUCCCCGUGUAGCCUUGACCUGACCUGCUUUCCUUAUGACACGCAGACCUGCACAAAAUCCAGGUCUCUGGUAAAGAACGGUGAGUGGGCCGUGGUCAGCACCGACUCCAACAUCAGCUCCAGGGGGGAAGGUGAUGACGAAUGUCGGACCGUCGAGGCCAUUGUCAGAAUGAAACGUCGAUCAACAUAUUACAUAAUCAACAUACUGGUCCCAGCCAUUGCUAUCGACAUCCUGAGCCUGCUCACAUUCGGAGUACCCGUGGAGUCUGGAGAAAGGUUAGCCUACGCGUUGACGAUACUCCUGUCGCUGUCUGUGUACAUUACCUACAUCGGCAGUAUCAUGCCUAUGUACUCCGUCAACAUGCCCAACAUCUUCUACCUCCUUCUGGGACUGUUCUUGAUGAGCUCUCUGUGUGUGGUGCUGACCGUUCUCAUCAUCGCCCUACGCUGGAGCCAGGUCGUCUCCAUCAAGGACCACGAAAAAACCAUUUCCAUAUUUGGAGCACGCUUCAAAAUUAGAAGAACCCGGGAGAAUAAUGGGCGGGUUUUGAGAUGCUUCUCUUGUAGUGUUCAAAGUUGCCAGAAGAAAAGCUCUUUAACUCCGGAAAUGCAAACUAUUUCCGGGCCUGGUCACCGAGAGUUGUGCGAACUUGAGAACAGAAAUAUUUAUACCGUAAACAGGCAGGAGAGUGAUCAUGGAAGCCAAAGAUCAUUCGCUUUUCGUUUAGCUUCAGAUGACUUGGUAGGGGCACGCACCAAGACUCCAAUGGAGGAGAAGGACCACCUGAAGGCAAUGGAAGACAGGGAGAAUAUGAACUUCUGGGAUAAGUCUGAACGGCUUCACCAAGACCAGACAACAGACCCAGACAUUCUGUUUAUCUGUAACCGGCUCAACCUCUACAGUUUCCUGGUUCUGGCCUUGGCCUUUCUGGCUCUUUUGACCUUCAGCUUUGUACAGUUUCAUCAUCAGAUUGUCCCUGAUUAG